GAAGAGGAGGAGGAGGAGGAGGAGGACGCCGCCGCUGCGCGCAGCUCUCUCACCGUCUCCUCUCCUUCUCUCAGCGGGCUUCAGGAUACACUAACCCCCCGGCGGGAUGGAGCCAGCGGGCGCGUACGGCGCCAGGAAAGCCGGGAGCAUCGCAUUUGAUCCGGUCGCUUUCUUCACACACCCGCGGACCGUCCUCAGACUCAUGUCGUGGGUUUUCUCCGUCGUGGUGUUCAGUUGCAUCGUGAACGAGGGCUACAUCAACAUCGGCAGCGAGCGUUUGCUCUGCGUCUUCAACAACAACUCUGACGCCUGCAACUACGGCAUCACCAUUGGCGUGGCAUGUUUCCUUGGCAGCGUCUGCUUCCUGAUUCUGGACGCUUACUUCCCGUCCAUCAGCAGCAUCAGGGACAGAAGACGAGCCGUCCUGCUGGACCUCCUCUUCUCUGGCCUCUUCUGCUUCCUGUGGUUUGUUGGCUUCUGUUUUCUGGCCAAUCAGUGGCAGGCGACCUCUCCAGAUGAGCUGCCUUUGGCCCAGGGCUCCGACGCUGCCAGAGCCACAAUUGCUUUCUGCUUCUUCUCCAUCCUCACCUGGGCUGUACUGACGCUGAGUGCACUGCGACGCUUCCUAACCGGUAGCAACACAAACCUGUUCACUUGGCAACAGCUGGACCCGCCCCCUAGCAACGCUCGGGCUACACCAUAUCCCAUCACCAACGGUGCUACCAUAGUAACCACCAGCCCCUAUCAAGCCCCGCCGUUCACUGAAACCCUGGAUCCUCAGAAACUCACACAGCAGAGACCCAUGGCUCCAGCCUUUUAGAGACAGACAGACAGAGAGAGGCAGAGAAUGAGGUGCGAGUUGGACAACACUGCACGGACAACUUCCUGCCUCGCUGUUUCAGUGGCUUUCCAUCCUCUCCCGGGAUUGGUGGGGCCGUGUGCUGUAUGAUCUCUAUUCUCCAUGACAACUGCCGGCUCAGCUUAGAUGGUUGUAACUCGCCGUGUCAAAAAUACUGGCUUAUGUUCUCACACACAAAGGUAUUGACGCAUGCUAACACAGCUGUACUCACUCACACCUGGAAACAAACAGACAUGUACUUACAUGGACACCAGGACACGUUUACCUGGAAGGACACACACACACACGUACACACAGAUUCUGCUGCACUGGCUUCCAUUCAUUUGGACAGCCUACUCAAAGUGUUCUCGCUUUCUGUACCUUCAUGUGUACUGGUCCUGACAAAAUCAGCAUUUAUGACAGAAAAUGUCCUUAAGUGGUCACAAAUGCAAGUACACUCACACACACACACACACCUUGACAGCAUGUACAUAUGGUAAAGUGCAGAUUAACAUAGAUGUAGAUCAGUGACGAUGCUCCACCUGCCUUAUUAAACGAUACUCAGUGAUGCAAAUAGGACAGCGAAACCAUUUCUUUGCUUCUGUUUGUUCUCAGUCCGUCUCAACAAGCUGCCCUGCAGACUUGUGGCCGCCCAUUGGCCGCAAGUGACAUACUUUUUGACCAAUAGAUCGCGAGAGCAGGGGUGGGCCUCGCUGAAACUGGUACAUUCUUUUUGGCAAGGAAAUAAAGAGAGAACAGCUUAAUGCAUUCUGAACGCUGUAGUGUUUCCGUGUGAAAUAUUCAUGUGGUUAAAUAUUUUAUUGUGAUAUGCUGAAGUGGUAUAAUGAAAUCUGAAGAAUAAAAUCUACCCGCCGCCAUUGUCACCGUC